AUGAGAAGAGUUAAAGGAAUGAAGUACAGUGUUCAAAGUAACGCCAUGUUUCAGAAGAUAUUCUUCGUUCUUUUACUCUGGAAAGCUGAUAACUUCGUCGGAACAGCACGAGUAACAAACAACCGCAUUCGAUACGAGAUAACUCCAUCCACGAGUAAGAUCAAGCCAACAACUUCAAUGCGAGAUUUAGAACCUACUUUUGUGGGUCCCAUAGAGAAUGUCACCGGCGCACUUGGAAGGGAAGCAGUACUUACGUGCUCUGUUUCUGAUCUGGGAGAUUAUAAGGUCGCCUGGAUUCGCGCAGAUGACCAGACAAUCCUUACUCUUCACACGCGACUUGUCACACACAGUCCUCGUUACGCCGUAACGAACGACUCUCCUGAUUCUUGGCAACUUCACAUUCGGCCCCUUAAAGUUGCGGAUAGGGGUUGUUAUAUGUGCCAAAUAAACACAAGCACAAUGAAAAAGGAAAUCGGUUGCAUUGACGUUUUAGUUCCACCAAAUAUAAUGGAUGAAGGUACUAGUGGUGAUGUGAUAAUACAGGAAGGCUUGGACGCUAUCAUCACUUGCAAAGCGGAUGGUCGACCUGAGCCUCGAAUACUUUGGAGAAGGGAAGAUGGAUCUAAUAUACAACUACGCAACGAAGCCGGAAAUCUUAGCAAAGUUGACAUGUAUUUGGGAUCUUCAUUAAACUUGUCAAGAGUGGAUCGCAAGCAAAUGGGUGCGUACCUAUGCAUCGCUUCUAAUGAUGUUCCACCAUCGGUGAGCAAGCGUAUAAUGCUUACUGUGAAUUUUGGACCUACAGUUAAAAUCAAAUCUAAAGUUAUUGGAAUAACGACGGGCUCCAAAGCAAACCUGGAAUGUGUUGUCGAAGCCAAUCCUUCAGCAAAUAUAUAUUGGCUUAAACGUGGCGAAGAAGUGAUUCUCUCUGGGGAUAAAUAUGAUGUCUUUGAAGAGCGACUUUCUAUUUAUGAAGUAAAGGCAACGUUAAUUGUAAUAAAAUUUUCGACAGAAGACGUGGGAACAUAUACUUGCUUUUCGUCUAACGCUUUUGGGAAAGCCGAGGGCACAAUGAGACUUUACGAAAUAAAAACGACUACAACAACAACGACGACGACAACGACUACCACUACUACUACUAAACCACCGACUACAACUGAAGUAGGUGCCAGAACAACGUAUAGUACAUCUACCACAGAAUUAACUUCUAAGCCAUAUUGGGUGGUAGCAGUGCAACCAGCCGAACAGAAGUAUUAUACGCCAGAAGUGACAUAUGGUACUGUGCAGAAUGUUAUCGACCAAUCUUUUCUUGACACCAAUUGGCUGCCGACUGCUGAAUCAACUAAUUCCAAAGGUUUCCAUGUUAAACCUUUUCCAAUUCUUACUGUACUCACUGAUUAUAGGAAACUGGAUUCUGCAGUUAAUAGGAAGUUAAAAUGUCCAAUAUGA